AUGAGCGUUGAAGGUUGCUCCUUGAAAUUAAGAAUUCUAACAUUGGUUGUCAAUACCGGAAACAUGAUCAAUGAGAGAGCCACACCAACAUUAGGCAUGUCACAUGCAUUAAUUGCACCAACUGCUAUUGUUGUUACCUACAUUGUUGUCACUAUUUUUAUUAUUGGCUCACUUAAACAACAGUAUCCUUCAUGGUUUCUUCAUGUGUACACCCUUGUUAGUUGCUGCAUUGUCCAAACAACAUUAUCAUUUACAGUAUUUAAGGCACUGAGAACUUCUGAAAUAGCAAACAAGCAUCCUGCCUUAGCAUUGAACGGAGUUCUUCCAAUGAUAAAUACAGUGCUGCUGAUUGUUGAUUUAACAGUUGUUACAUUAUCCAGCCGGAACGAAAUAAUGCCUUCACCUUCCUUACGCAGUUCUGGACCAAUGUCUCAUAUUGAAUUACAAAGGCACAGUUAA